GCGUGCGUCGGAAGCUGUGUCGGCGGCGGCGUCUUCUUCUUCCGCAGCCGCGGUGUCCGAGGCCAGGACGGCCAUGGAAGUAAAGGACGCCAACGCUGCCCUGCUCAGUAAUUACGAGGUAUUCCAGCUACUAACUGAUCUGAAAGAGCAGCGCAAACAAAGUGGGAAGAAUAAAUUUAGUUCUGGGCAGCAGAACUUGAAUACGAUCACCUAUGAGACGUUGAAGUACAUAUCAAAAACACCAUGUCGGCACCAGAGUCCUGAGAUUAUCAGAGAAUUUCUCACAGCAAUGAAAAGCCACAAAUUGACAAAAGCUGAGAAGCUUCAGCUGCUGAACCACAGGCCUAUGACGGCUGUCGAGAUCCAGCUGAUAGUGGAAGAGAGCGAGGAGCGGCUCACGGAGGAGCAGAUUGAAGCCCUUCUCCACACGGUCACCAGCAUCCUGCCGGCGGACCCGGAAGCUGAGCAGAAGCAGAACGCAAGCGACGUGGCGAUGGACGAAGAGGAGCCCGCGUAGCAGAGUGCACCUGGCGCCGCGUGUAAUGGGGGCUUAGCAGCUGCUUCCUGGACAUUCACAAGCUUGUUUGUCUGUUUGUUUUUCCCCUUCAUCCCUUCAACAGGUUGGAUUUUGUGGUUGGGAAAAAAAAAUGACAAAAAUAAGUAGAAAGAAAUAUUUGUGCCCCGGGGAGGAGCAGCAGUGAAGGCAGACCGAGGUUGUCUGCGGGGAGGACAGUGGCCUUGGAGCCCCGUGUGGUGGAGACGCUCCUCCUGUGGCCUGUGCCGCAGUCACAGGGAGGGCUCUGCACGCAGAUGGUGAAAUGCCUUGUGCUGCUUCGAUGGGCUGUGUGCUAAUUAGUUUCAUCUGCUAUCCUAGGAAGUUCCUGGGGCAAGUCAGGGCUCAGAGCUCUGUUGGGAACCUCGCUGGAGGGCCGAAAGCGCCCAGAGCAGCGAAUAGCCCCGCUGAGCUGCUGACCUUGGCCCGCCCCGAGGACUUCUUAGGAAACUGCGGAGCGUGGGCAGCCCGCUCAGGGCCACCGUGAGACCAGGUGAAUGCACAGUGGACAACGGCUUGCAUCUCUAAAGGGAGUGCGCUCAGUCCCUCUUCUCGCGGACCAACAGGAAUUUGCAUUCGCUCACUGUUGCAAUAUUUUAUCUGUUCUUUUUUAUGUUUCUUUUUUUUUUUUUAAUUAAAAACAUUAAGAGAAUGACCAUGUGAAGAUGAUUUUAAUAUUCAGGCUGUGGGAGAAUCCACACAUGUGGUCAAAGGAAUAUUGCUGAAAAGAAUCCGAUUUCCCACAUUCACUGUGUCCUGUUUGGGCAGGAAAAACACCUGUACACUUUCAUUGGUAAGAUUCCUUUCAGUGCUGUAUCCGUGGGACUGUUUGGACCCCCAGUUUAUUUCAACCCUCCCUAACACCUCACCCCAACUCCAGCACGAUCGAUUGCUGUCAUUUCCUUCUUAGACUCUUCACCCACAAAUCAGCUGGAGUCUGUUUACAGGCAACAUUAAAAGGAACUGGAGCUCGCCCCCCUAGGUCCCUCCCGAGUGUUGGCAGUUUGAUCAGGAGCCGUGCAACAAUCUGCUGGGGUAGCUGCGUACCAGUGACAUUUUGGUUUCUUGAACUGCAAGUGUUUGUUCAAUGACUUUUUUUUUUUUUUGACAGAUAUGGUUUGAUCCAGUUAAUAAUAGUUUGUUUCCAGGUAAUUGCCAAUUUGGGACAUUUUAUAAGUGUCUGAUGGAUUUCAGUUGUCGCAAACAGAAAUAAAGGAAAUCUGGCUUAAGACUAAAA